UUUUAGCACCCUUUUCUCCCCUUGCCUGCGAGCCCACGCACCGAUUGGCAGGCACUGCACCGGGUCCCCCCCAAGGGAGCAAAGUGAUUAAACCCCCAGGGUCGCCCGCUCCCCUCCCCUCCGGCCCUCUCUCGCGAUCUUUUUUCCAAGACUCUUUUUUUCCACAUCCUCCCCCCCUCCCUUUUUCUUUUCCCCUUCUCUGGACAGUAUCGCGGGAGCUUCCUUUUCCCCUUUCCCACUCUGUCUCCUGUCUACUUUAUGCUUGGCUAGUCCUACCAGACCUGUCCAACGAACCACUCACAUCUGUCUACACGUCCAGUCGCUCGCCCCCGUCUGAUUCCCUUCGAGAGACCCCAGAGGUAAUCGACCUGCCCCGGACAUCAGACAUUCCGCGUCGCAGCCCCCCGCCCAUCACCAUCGCGCGCACCCGCACCCGAUAGCCGCCGAUAUUCUUGGGGAUCUUUUGAUUGGUUUCGUUUCGAUAAACCACCCAUUGUUUCCGAAGCCGUUGCCCUUCCGCUUAGGCCCGGCAAGCGCACGGCACCUCGAUCCGCGAACAGCAAGCAAAAGCACCUCAAGCGAGGGGAAUUGGGUUGGAAUUAUCCAUCGUGUAGAAGAAUUUCCUAUGUCACGGGCUGGCCUCGGGAACCAUCACAUCUUUAAAAUCACCACGGCAUCGCACCUCGAAGGCAGCGCCUGAAUUCGACCUGCGCCGGCAUCAUCACCAUCAUCAUCAUCAUCAUCAUCAUCAUCAUCAUCAUCAUCACACGCAUAUACAUAUUAUCGCGCCGACGGCCAAGCCAGUAUCGUUUCUUUCCCUCUUGAUCCGGGCACCUCCUGUUCGCAAAGCAACUGUGUUGUUCUUAGUCAACAGGCUUCCCACCCAAAAUGUAUUCACAGCAAAACGCGGCCAUGCCCGCACCCCAAAAACCAGAGACCUUCAUGUUGAGCUCGGAAGCCCAGCAAGCUCUCCCACACGAUGCUCAGGUAGCUCUGCAGCAAGUUGAUAACCUUAAAUACUUUCUUAUUUCUGCGCCAGUUGACUGGCAAGCCGACCAGUACAUUCGCCGCUUUCUUCUCCCAACGGGCGAGUACGUCUCCUGCGUUCUCUGGAACAACCUUUUCCACAUCUCCGGCACCGAUAUUGUAAGAUGUCUCUCGUUCCGCUUCCAGGCCUUUGGUCGUCCAGUAAAGAACUCCAAGAAGUUUGAGGAAGGUAUCUUCUCGGAUCUGCGAAAUCUCAAGUCGGGAACCGAUGCCUCGCUCGAGGAGCCCAAGAGCCCCUUUUUGGACUUUCUCUACAAGAACAACUGCAUCAGGACACAAAAGAAGCAAAAGGUCUUUUACUGGUACAGCGUUCCCCACGACAGGCUUUUCCUCGAUGCUCUCGAAAGAGACCUCAAGAGGGAAAAGAUGGGCCAGGAAGCCACCACCGUCGCCGUCAGCGAGCCCGCGCUCUCGUUCCAGUACGACUCGUCGCAGUCGCUCUAUGAGCAGCUCACCAAGGCUCAGCAGGCCAACUCUUCGUCUUUCAACAACGCCCAGCAAGUUUCUUUUUCUCAGUCCCAGUCCACCUCGCCGGUAAUGCGUGCCAUGGACUCGAUGCCACCGCCACAGAUGAUCCCUCAGUCGAUGGCCCCUUUGGCGGAUGGGAUGGACGCCAUGGUCCCGUACGGAGCGAUGACGAUGGCGCCCUCGAUGGCCCCCCAGCCAAUGAUCAAGCGCGAGCCUGAGUAUCCCCGUGCUCAGUACAACCAGAACGGUGUCCCAAUUGCCCAGACCCACCAACGGCACGCUUCCAUGCCCGCGUACGGUUUGGAGUACUCUCCUGCGCCUUCAUUUGUGUCUUCUCACUUUGAGGACUACAGUCAAAGGGGCAUCUCCUUCGAGCCAUUGACGCCUCCUCAGCAGGCUCUCGGUAUUCCCAACGAGCCCGCUUACAUUGCCAACGAGGAGACCGGUCUCUACAGCGCUAUCCCCGACCACAUGAAUGUUGGGCUCAACGGUAUGAUGCAGCUCCCACCAUCAAACCUCGCUGGGCCAUCGUUCUCUCGCCCGUACGCUGCGAACAACAGCUUCUCUGUGAUCGAAGGAUCGCCGACAUACAAGCAGAGGAGACGGCGUUCAUCCAUUCCACCAUCCCUGUCGGCCACCACUGCUGCGAUUGCGACAGCGACCGCUGCCCAUCGUCCUUCGGAUCUGCGGAGAUCCGUCUCUGCGUCCGUCGGUCCCGUUGCUGAGGGUGACGAGUCUGCGGAUAACUCCCCACCGGGCUUGACCUACAGCAACUCUGCUAUCUCUCUCAACAGCCAACAUCACAGGGAAAUGCUCGAAAUGUCUCGCCACGGUACUCCCUUGUCGACAGUUGAGGGCAGCCCUGCGCUCAACCCCGUCAACCUUCAGCAAGAUUUCUCGCCACUCAACGGUGAUGAGCUCGGCCCUCUGAACGAAAGGCCAUUGAUGCAGGGUGCUCCCGGUGUCGUGCGCAGAGCCCGCUCUGCCACGGUCAUGGAGCUCGGCCCCUAUCCCCAAAAGUCUCACUCCUGCCCCAUUCCCACAUGCGGUCGUCUCUUCAAGAGAUUAGAGCACCUCAAACGACACGUGAGAACCCACACACAAGAAAGACCCUACAUCUGCCCUUACUGCAGCAAAGCAUUCUCCAGAUCAGACAACCUAGCACAGCACAAGCGCACUCAUGAUCGCGGUGACGGUGUUGAUGGCAACUUCAGCUUGUCCGGUGAGGAGGAGGAGCAGUACUCUGGCGAGGACCAACUCGAGUCUCUCGAUGACGCGUCGCCAACCUCGGAGAACGGCUACGUCGCCGGUUCCCUCGACUCGGCUCUUCACAACCACCAAAACCAAAACGGCAUGCCACCAUCGAACGGGCCCAACAUGCACCAAGCGCCACAGCAAUACAACAGCCUUCAGACUCUCAGCAUGCCCAUGACGAUAAGCCACCCUCAGGCCAUCAACGCUGGCGGUAUGAUGUAAAUGUUUGGAAUGUGAAACUGUGUGGGAUAGUGCUGUACAAAACAUAAGGGUCAGGGAUGGAACUAGGAGUAUUUGGAAGACUUUCUUGGCAGAAGAGCGGCAUGAUGGAUCUUUUUUCUUUUUUUGGAAUCGGCGGGACAUUUUUUUUUCUUACACCAUCUUCUUAUCCGCACUUGUUUGCUGUCGGAGCCCAUUUACAACCCACCUUGGCAUUUUCUUCUUUUUUUCCCCAUUUUUUACAUCAUCUUUGCAAGGGAAGAUCUUUCUUGGACACCGAAAAAGAGCGGUGUAUCUUUUUUUAUUAUUUUUGUUUACAAUUUUGUUUUUGUUUUGGUCAAAAAUCUUUUCACAUUGAUGAUUGCAAUCGACUGUUGAUGCAUUCACGAAGAAUAGAGAGGGGUGGUGGAUUCUGGAAGGAAUUUUAUAGGGAGGAGGGUUUUUAGGAAGGAGGGAGGGAAACAACAAUGGAAGGCAGAACGAGGCACACGCAAAACAAAUAACACACACAAC